AUGGGUACAGUGCAGGAUACAGCCACAUGGAAAAACAAAGCCGUCUCCAAAGUCGCUGACAUGUCCCGGUCUGGUAAUAGAACAGAAAAGGGUGAAGACAAAGUGGACCUGUGUGGUCGGGGGAGCUGGUGGCUGGGAACGCUGAAAGACACACCCAUCCCUGGCCUCUAUCACAUUCGAGACUUCAUUGAGGAAGCUGAUCUGAACCCUGUGAGGAAGACUUACGGGUUUAAAGGUGUGGGCAGAAAAGCCCAGACUCUGGGCGUACGUAACGGGGACCUGCUGUUACCAGGGGCGUAUGACUACACUGACUCGACCCAGGAGGUCCUGAUGCACCAGGCGUCUUACUCUUUCAAAAACUGUCCACGGCCUGACAUUGUCACCCUCGGCAUCAGAGACAAGCAUAUAAACACUUCACCGUGCGACUACAAUGUGACACCUAAACCAGUGGAGAAGAUUCCCUGCAAGCAUGUGAUCUUUCGGUCGACUGUGCAACGGAUCAGCUUUCCGCCUAAGGAGGGACCUGCUCCAUGUCACUACAACCCACACACCAGAGCUGAGAAAGGCAUCACUUCCUGCUUCAAAUCCACUUUGCCACGGCUCCACUAUGUGCACCCGAAAACCCCGGGACCAGGGGCCUACGAACCGUGCUGGAAGUUGGGUGACCGUCUGAACGCAGAGGUCGUGGACCCCUCAUUUAGCCUCUUUUUCCGCAACGUUCCCUAG